AUGGAUAUCGUUGCAGCUGUGUCCGGAUACAUUUCGAAGAUGGUUACCGCGGGUGACUCUUCUACCCCGGGGUCUUCCACUGCAAAAAUGAAAAUACUACUGCUUGAUAGUGAGACCGUCCAAAUUGUAUCCAGUGCAAUGACCCAAUCCGCCCUCCUUAGCCACGAAAUCUACCUCAUCGAUCGUCUAGACAACCAGUCGCGGGAGAAAAUGCGACACUUGCGGUGCCUGUGCUUUGUUAGACCAUCGACGGACUCUGUUCAGUUUCUUAUCGAUGAGCUGCGAGAACCCAAAUAUGGAGAGUACUAUAUCUACUUCAGUAAUAUCGUGCGAAAAUCAUCUCUUGAGAGGCUAGCGGAAGCGGAUGACCAUGAAGUUGUAAAGGCUGUUCAAGAAUAUUUUGCAGAUUUCUUGGUUAUAAAUCCAGAUCUCUGCUCAUUGAAUAUGGGCUUCCCGAAGCAACGCCUAUGGAGCCACAGCCCGGACAUGUGGAAUUCAGACGCGCUACACAGGACCACUGAUGGCGUAAUUGCCUUGUUAUUGUCCUUGAAGAAGAACCCACUUAUUAGAUAUGAGAAGAAUAGUUUGAUGGCCAAAAAACUUGCUACAGAAGUCCGAUAUCAACUCACUCAGGAAGAGCAACUGUUCAACUUCAGAAAACCUGACACGCCCCCAAUUUUACUUAUUUUAGACAGACGAGAUGACCCAAUCACUCCUCUGUUAAAUCAAUGGACAUAUCAAGCGAUGGUACACGAACUUCUGGGCAUCAGAAAUGGGAGAGUUGACCUAAGUGAUGUGCCAGAUAUUCGUCCUGAAUUAAAGGAAAUUGUUGUUUCUCAAGAUCAAGAUCCAUUUUUCAAGAAGAAUAUGUACUCAAACUUUGGUGAUCUAGGAGGAAGCAUCAAAGAAUACGUUGAACAAUACCAGUCAAAAACAAAGAACAGCAUGAGUAUUGAAUCCAUCGCCGAUAUGAAACGAUUUGUCGAAGAGUAUCCUGAAUUUAGAAAACUUUCUGGAAACGUUAGCAAGCAUGUGGCACUUGUUGGAGAGCUGAGCAGGAAGGUCGGGGAAUAUAAUCUAUUAGAUGUCAGCGAGUUAGAACAAAGUCUCGCAUGUAACGACCAUCAUUCUAACGAUCUUAAAGCACUUCAACGAUUUAUUCAGUCUCCAACUGUGACGGUUGAGAAUAAGCUACGUUUAGUUGCUCUUUAUGCCAUCCGAUAUGAGAAACAGCCUUCCAACGCCCUCCCGGUUCUGAUCGACUUGCUCGCUGCCGCCGGCGAUGUUCCUCCUCACAGGAUCAACUUGAUUCCGGAACUCCUAGCGUACCACCAUUCGCUCCAAGCACCUCCAGUUGCCGGGGGCUUUUCUGACUUGUUUGAGUCUGCUUCCUUCUUGACAGGAGCUCGAGAUCGUUUCAAAGGUCUUAAAGGAGUAGAAAAUGUCUACACGCAGCACUCCCCCCGGCUCGAAGCAACCCUUCAAAAUCUCAUCAAAGGCAGACUAAAAGAACUGCAAUACCCUUUCCUCGAGGGCGGCGGACAUACCCGUGACAAACCGCAGGAUAUUAUUAUCUUUAUGGUCGGAGGGGUGACAUAUGAGGAGGCGAAAAUGGUAGCACAGGUAAACGCCACUACGCCCGGCGUCCGUGUUGUGCUUGCUGGAACGUGCGUACAUAACAGCGCGACUUUCCUAGAGGAAGUUGACGAUGCUGUUGGAAAUUGGCCAGAACAAGCUCCUGCUACAGCGGCUGGAAGGUUAAGGAGAGAGGUCAAUCGGUAG